AUGGACAAAAACGUUAAUUUGCUUUUCCUUAUCCUGCUUCACACCACAAUUGAGAGUGCCGAGGGAUGCUAUUGUGACCAUUAUUCAUGGACUGCCUGGUCCGGCUGUUCAAAGAGCUGCAAUUCUGGGACUCAAAGCAGGCAUAGGCAAAUUGUGAGGGAUGACUACUUUAGGAAAAACUUCUGUGACCAACUUUGUACAAUGCAAGAAUCCAGGCCCUGCAAUCAACAGACGUGUCCUAUCAAUUGUGAGCUUGGAGACUUCGGUCCCUGGUCAGAAUGUGACCCAUGUGUUAAAAAACAGUUUCGUGUCAGGACCCUGAUCCGGCCCUCUCAGUUUGGAGGACAGCCUUGUAAUGAACAGCUGGUAGAUGCCCGGAGGUGCUACCCAACCAAAGUUUGCAACAUAGAAGAAGUAAACUGUGAGAAUAAGUUCCACUGUGAAAAUGGUCGCUGCAUCAGCCGCAGCUUGGAAUGCAAUGGGGAAAAUGACUGCGAGGACAAUUCAGAUGAAAGAGACUGCGGGCGCAUCCGGGCUGUGUGCAAUAGGCGAUAUGAGCCUAUUGCCGGUGUACAAUUAAUGGGCCUUGGAUUUCAUCUUCUUGCAGGAGAGAGUCGGGGAGAAGUCCUUGGGAAUUCAUUCAACGCAGGUCAGUGCAGACUGGUCAAAACCAAUGAUACAAGGAAAACAUUUCGUGUUCCUGCAAACCUGGAGGCUGUCAGCUUUCAGGUGGAGAAUAAGGAAGAUAACGUAGAAUCUGAUUUCUACAGUGAUCUGAUUCCCUUUCAUUCCACUUCCUCUCGAGAUGGUUCGUCUUCUGGCUCCAGCAGAAGUUCUUCUGGAAUCCCAUAUCUGUUUUCAAAAAAGAAAAGAGUAAAGACCACAUCUUCAUAUUCCUUCAAGGAGGCACUCCAAGCCUCCUACAAAAAGAAUUCAAAGUUUAUUAGGAUCUACAAGGUGGUUGCGGUGUCAAACUUCACAGUGAAGCCAUCAGACUUGCAGCUCUCUGGCGUGUUCUUAAAGGCCCUCAACAGCCUGCCUCUGGAAUACAACUAUGCCCUCUACAGCCGGAUAUUUGAUGACUUUGGGACUCAUUACUACACUUCUGGGUCAAUGGGGGGCACAUAUGACCUCCUCUAUCAAUACAGUGCUGAAGAACUGAGAAACUCAGGAGUAACAGAGCAAGAAGCAAAAGAGUGUGUUCGGACAGAAACGACUAGACGUGUCUUUUUCAGAAAGAAAAAGAAAGUGCAUACGAGAUGCACCGAAAAUAAAAUGACCGAGACACAUGAAGGUUCAUUUCUACAGUCCUCCGAAAGGUCUAUUUCACUGGUAAAAGGUGGGAGGUCACAAUAUGCUGCAGCUCUUGCUUGGGAAAAAACAGGAUCUUUCCCUGAACACACUGUGUUCACUAAUUGGCUGGAAUCGACCAAGGACAAUCCAGUAGUCGUUGACUUUGAGUUGGCUUCCAUUUUGGAUUUGGUGAAGAACAUCCCAUGUUCAGUGACAAAGCGUCGGAACCUCAGGAGAGCUCUUAUUGAAUACAUGGACAGAUUUGAUCCAUGUCGAUGUGCUCCAUGUCCUAACAAUGGCAGGCCUGUGCUGUCUGGGAUGGAAUGCCUCUGUAUAUGCCAGGCUGGAACCUAUGGGGAUAACUGUGAGAUAAGGGCACCUGAUCACAAAUCCGUUGCUAUGGAUGGUUACUGGAGCUGCUGGUCUGCAUGGAGCUCCUGCGAUGCUUCUCAUAAGAGACGUCGGAGUCGAGUGUGUAACAAUCCUGCACCACUCAAUGGAGGGAAACCAUGCGAAGGUGAACAGCAGCAAGAAGAAGAGUGCUAUAUCUCAAUAUUUGCUGACAGGGGAGCCUUGUGUAUAAAUGAUGAUGAAGCCAAACGGGAGACUGAAAUUUUCAUUGGUCAGCCUGAAUCAGGAUGCUUUAAACCAGUCCCACCAGAACAUGGAUUCAUCAGGAAUGAAAAGAACCAUUAUGCAGUUGGAGAAGAUGCUGAAGUUGUGUGUUUUAGCGGCUAUAACCUGGUGGGAUAUGCGUUCCUUCGCUGCCUGCCAGACCAAACAUGGGCUGAGCAGCUUGUCGAGUGCCAGCCAUCUGCAUGCCCCAGGCCAUCCGCAUCUCACCAGGUCUCCAUCACCCCAUUUAAAAACGAGUACCAGACUGGGGAAACGAUCCAGCUAAGUUGCCCUGCUGCCUUUACCCUAACAGGCCACAGACAAUACACUUGUGGGAAUGGCCUGUCCUGGGCACCUCCUAUUUUGAGACCCCUCACCUGUGAGAGAGGUGAUUUUGAAAUUCAAGGCAAUUGCAGACCAGGCCAAAAACAGGUUGGAUCACAGUGUGUGUGUAUGUCCCCAGCAGAGGACUGUGGGCACUACUCUGAAGCCCUGUGUGUUUUGGACUCCGCUGCAGGAUUAGCCCUUACAAAGUCCAGCUGUCAAUACUUGGCAGAAAAGUGCUCGGGAGACCAUUCAUUCCAUUUCCUGCAUUCUGGCCCUUGCCCCACUAAGUCUAACUUGAACUGGCCUAGAGAAAGGGUCAAAAUCUCUACACAGAGCAUAAAGAGAGAGCCCUGUGGCUAUGAUACAUGCUUUGACUGGGAAAAAUGCUCCGAGUCUCGGGCUGAAUGCUUCUGUUUGCUACCCAACCAGUGCCCCCAAGGUGGGACACAUCUUUUCUGCAUUCGAGUUGGAUCGAGAAAGAGGACAGCCAAUCUUUGUAUGCUGGGAGCACUAAAAUGCUCAGGAAUGGAUCCUGAAGUACUGAACGAAGGAAGCUGCUUAGACUAA